AUGAAUACACGCCUUGUGGCAAUCGCACCGGCGACAAGCAAGACCGCGUCCGGUAGCAUCGGGGGUAAUUCAACACCCUUCACUACGAUGUCCUACAACUGUCAGCAUUGCGUACGGAGGAAAAUCAAAUGCGAUAGGGCCAUGCCGUCCUGCUCGAGUUGUCAAAAGGCCAGGCUUGAGUGCGCCUAUAAGGCACCACAACCGCCGCGGAAGCGGAAACGUAGGGAAAGCGAGUAUCUGGACGAGCGCUUAGCAAGGUACGAGCGCAUUCUACAGGAGAAUGGCCUUCUCCCGACAACCGAGACACGGUCGUCCUCUUGCAGAGGAACUCCGGGGAGCGUCCAUGAGGAAGGCCCUCCCCGCACAGCUCAAAGUGAUGCAGAAAGGACUGGAAGGCUAGUUUCCGAGGAUGGAAAAUUACGGUACAUCGACAGUCGAGUGUGGCUCGAUGUGGCAGAAGUAAGUAUGCGAGAGCUGUCUAACAAUGGGGUGGACGACCAAGCUGCUCCCGUGGCCAUGGACUUGCCGGUAGAUGAUCUAAUUUCUGGGUCACUGCUAAGGGUAUCAAAAAGUCUCUCAGGCUAUCAUCCUCCCUAUCCAGGCGCAAUGAAGCUUUGGAAAAUUUAUGUCCAAAAUGUCGAGCCUCUCUGCAAGGUCCUGCACAUACCCACAACGACAGAAAUGAUUGAAAUAGUAUCACAACACUCGAUUGGAGCUACGCAAGCUCAAGAGUGUCUUGUAUUUGCUGUCUACCAUUUAGCAGUAUAUUCAAUCGCCGAUGAGGACUGUAUCAGAGAAUUUGAGGAACCAAGGGCUGUUCUGAUGUCAAAGUAUCAGUAUGCCACACAACAAGGGUUAAUCAAUGCGUCUUGGCUGAAAACCACCGAAUUGCAGGUAUUACAAGCCUACGUACUUUUCCUGAUCGCGAUGCGGACUCAAACAGAUCCACACACAUUCUGGAUCUGGACUGGUGUCGCGGUCCGUAUCGCGCAGCGUAUGGGACUACACCGUGACGGGGAUAACUUAGAUCUCUCUCCUUUUGACAUUGAAAUGCGAAGGCGCCUUUUCUGGCAACUCAUCCCCCUUGAUGGCUACGCCGGUCAACUGUCAGGCACUGGUAUUUCCAUCGCACCGGGUGGCUGGGAUACGAAGCGGCCACUCAACGUGAACGAUGAACAGAUACAUCCCGGCAUGAAGCAGCCGCCCAAUGCGCAGAAAGGUGCCUCGGAGAUGCUAUUUUGUCUCACGAAAGCAGAGCUAUCUGAAUUCUAUGCCCGCACAGCAGUAAAGAUGAACUCUAUCAGUCCUAAGGACAAAGUGCGAGAUAACGCCGAGAUCGAAAGGCUAAUAGACAAUCUCGAAAGUGACAUAGAGAUGAAGUAUCUGAGGCACUGCGAUAUCACAAAUCCAGUACAUAUCCUGACACUUGGUAUCGUCAGGUCUGCCGCGAACAUGGUACGCCUGCGCAGUCGGAUGGCGACCCUAAUGAGUCAAAACUCCAACGGCGUACAACGAUGGGAGCUCUGCGUCCUGGCAGAGAAGAUCCUUGACACUGACUGCGCUCUAUAUGCUAAUUCAGAUCUACAGAGGUUUCAGUGGCACAUCAAGACAUUCUUUGUUUGGGACGCUUUGAUAUGCAUUUUGAAUUGCCUGGCUACGGACGGGUUCUUUUCGAGCACGGAUCUAGACCGAAAAUGGGAGAAGAUUAUCGUUGCCUACUCGAACCACCCAGACAUACUUAAGAGCAAGGGAGCCCAUCAUGCGGUAGUUCGCAAGAUGACUCACAAGGCAUGGAUCUCGAAUCCACCUAGCAGCUCCUUGGCUGAGCCGGCGUUCAUCGCCACGUUGCGAUCUCGAACCGAGACCAGGGACUUUGGACGUGCACAAAACCUAGACAAGAUGACACGGCAUGAUGAGCCCGCGGAAGAGGCGUAUUUUCUUGAUACUCUUCUUCAGAGCCCUGGAGGGACUGACUUGUACUUUGACGGUAGUUUUAGCUAUGGGGCCGCCGAUUUGACAUUCUGGGAUCAAGUAUAG